UAAGCAAGAUGGAUAAGCCAUUGAAGUUCAAAGUUGUCAUGGGCAGUGGCCCUUCCCAGACUAUUAAGAGACUGUCUAAAACACCAGAGGAUUAUAGCGAACUGGUACAGAUGGUGCUGAAGAGGCUGAGUGAUAGGUUAUUUGUCGACCACCCUUUUUAUAUUUACUACGAAGACAUCUCUAAUGGUAUGAUUAAGAUCGAAGAUGAUGUUGACCUCAGAGGAGCUGUGGAAUACUGUGAGCUGUACUCAAAGUCUUCUCUUAAGUUGUUUGUGCAUCUGGAGCCUCUUGAUAUUAGCAGAGUUAGAACUGACUACAAGGAAAUAGACCCUGAUAAAUUGGAUGAAGAUGAGGGUGAUGAUAAUGAAGACAGUAUUGAUUCGGAAGAUAGUAUUGAUUUUGAAGAUGAUCAAGAGCAGGUAGAAGAAAAUAUUGAAAAUCCUAACAAGAAAAUUGCACAACAAGAGGUAUAUAACCCAGAACAGCCAGGUGAAGAAUUACCAAUACAACCAGAUCCAAAGCCUCAUGAAUGUCUUAAAGAAAUGGAGCCAGGUGCUCAAUUUCUCCAAAAUAAUCAUGAUGAUGAAGAUCCAUUUGCUAUGCUGAUUAAAGAUGGAAAAAGCAAUGAUGGCUCCCAAAAAGAUUCAAAUGAUGGUGAAGAUUCAGAUGAGGUAGAUUAUGAGAAUCAUAAUCCCUCAUUCCUACAAAUUCCUGAUGAUAAUGAGGAAGAUUCUAACUCUUCCGAGGAUGAGCCAGUGAAUAAAGAUGCUGAAGAAAAAGAGAGAAUUUCAUCAGAACACAACUCAGAGAUUCCACAGGAAAAAUUUGAGUCUGACGAAGCAGGAAUAAAACAUUUUCCAAGUGAGAGCAAUUACCUCGAUGAACUACACCAGAAUCUUCUAGAGCAAGAGAGGAAGGAGAAAGAGUUUGAAAAAGACAAUAACGAAAAGGGCCAACAACUUGAGAGAAAGGUUAUUGAUCUUGGGGAGGAACCACAUGCAUUCAUCCCUCUGCAGGACGGACAAGAGGCUAACCCUAGUGACUCUGAGUUUAAACCAUUGAAAUUCCAAACUGACCAAAAUGUAAUCUGAGUGAAUAACCAACAAUUCAAAAAUAAUGAGAUCAACCGUGUUGAAGAAAGUAUCGACAGGAUCUCUUCUCUGAUCUUCGAGGAGGAGAAGAAAAAGGAGAUUUUGCCUUCACCUAAAAACAAGAAGGGGAGUAAAUACAACAAUGUUUACGAAGAUGUAUUUGCCAAAAAGAUAAAACAAUCAGCCGCUGAUGAGCUCCCAAAACUUUCUUCAAUGAAGUCUUUUGGAUCUUUCCUUAGAAGUUCCAUAAUAGGAAUGAAUGAGGUUGAAGCAGAUCAGCUUAUGAGAGUUGAUGAACAACAUCCCGAAUUCAGUAAUGAAGAUAUUAUUGUAGCAAAACCAGGCAGUGUAUUGAGGAAGUGCUGGAGGAUCAAAAAUAUAGGAUCAAAGCAAUGGCCCAAAGAUACUAGACUUGUCUCAGUGACAGAUGGCCUCUUUUUUAUUGGACCUUCGAUUAAGGAGUUCCUCAAGCCAGGGGAGAUGAUGGAUCUCGGGAUCAACAUCUAUAUUGCUCCUGAAGAGAAUGGAGAGAAUAAUAUCAAACAAUAUAUUGUAAGACUCUAUUGAGACCAAUUCAAGUGAUUUGGACAACCAAUGAUUGCUACAUGCCAUAUUGAUCACAUUCUUUACGAUGAAUCUAUCCUAAAUCAAAAUGAAGAAGACUUCUCAUCCAAUAGAGUAGUCGCUGGAGGAAAUUUGGUCGAGAAUUAUGAAAUCGCUAAAGAAUUAUGCAUCAAAAGUGGGGAGCCUUUUUAUAAGACAGUAAGCAACCUAAAAAAAGGAGAUAUUUACAAAUAGUUUAAUUAUUAAUCACUAGCAACUUUCA